AUGGCUGGACGAGGCAAGGGGGCCCAAGGCCUCGGACAAGGUGGUGCCAAGCGCAUCACUAGGCCUGCGAUUCGGAGGUUGGCUCGCCGCGCUGGCGUCAUCCGAAUGUCGGCACUCGUAUACCAUCAAGCUGUGCUGAGGGUCUACCUGGCCAACUUGAUUCGCGAUACGGUGACUUACACAGAGCACGGCAACCGGAAGACACUCACCGGCAUGGACGUCGUGUACGCUUUGAAGCGCCCGGGGGAAUUUCUUUACGGGUAUGGUGUCUAG